AUUGCAAUCAAAAUGUUUGCUUUAAAUGCCAUUUAAUUGAUGUUUAAUUUGUAUUGAAUUUUACUUUGAUUUCUCAAAUAAUUAGUUAAUGAAUGCAAGCGUUUAAACAUUGGUUUGAUUUAUAACUAAAAUUGAUUAAUAAUUAAUUGUUGUUUUAUUUAUUUUAUUUGUUUUUAGUUUUGAGUUUUAAUUGAAAAUUUGAUAAUUAAUAGCGAUUUCUAUGCGAAAUGUGUGAAAAUUAGUAUAAAUAAUACAAUUAAUGAUUGAAUAGUUGUUUAUUGUGUCAUAAUUAUGGAUACGAGUCCUUCAGUGACCGGAUCUCAAGUGUUGGUGUCGUCGGCGAAGAAGCGGAUCAGUCCGACGGUUACGAUAAACCCGUCGUCAAGCGAUGGCCAGCCGUCGGCCAGUGGUGUGGCGUUGAGUGCGUCCACUAGUGGUCACACUUUGGGUCACAACACGACCACUAACUCAGAGCUGACGGCACUCUUUGAAUGUCCCGUUUGUUUUGAUUAUGUCUUACCGCCGAUACUUCAGUGUCAAAACGGACACCUCGUCUGCCAGUCCUGCCGCCAGAAGAUUACCUGUUGUCCCACUUGUCGAGUGGCCAUCGGUUCCAACAUUCGGAACCUCCCGAUGGAGAAGUUGGCGUCAACUAUGAUGUUUCCCUGCAAGUACUCACAGUCCGGAUGUGCCGCUCAACUCCUCUACACCGACAAACCCGAUCACGAAGACUCCUGUGAAUACAAGCCCUACUCCUGUCCCUGUCCUGGGAGCAGUUGUAAAUGGUAUGGACCGCUGGAACAAGUGAUGAACCAUUUGAUGCUUCAGCACAAGAGCAUAACGACACUCCAGGGCGAGGAUAUCGUGUUUUUGGCCACUGAUAUAAACCUGUCGGGAGCUGUGGAUUGGGUGAUGAUUCAGUCGUGUUAUUCGCAUCACUUUAUGCUAGUAUUGGAAAAACAGGAGAAAUUUCACGGACACCAGCAGUUCUUCGCUGUCGUACAACUGAUUGGUUCCCACAAACAGGCGGACAGUUUCAUAUACAGACUCGAACUCAAUGGACACCGAAGGCGACUCACAUGGGAGGCCACCCCUCGGUCUAUCCAUGAGGGCGUUCAGAGUGCUAUCAACACAAGCGAUUGUCUCGUCUUCGAUACACAUAUCGCACAACUGUUUGCAGACAACGGAAACCUCGGAAUUAAUGUCACCAUUUCUCCCGUUUAGUGUAUAUACAGUGUAUCUAUGUUUCGCAAACUACAAAUCAAUUUUAACCAAUCGCUAAAUAAUAUGAAUAUAAAUAUGAUUUUCAUUUCCUAAACAGUGUAUAAAAUUUAUAUUAAUACUAAUGUAUACUCUUAUCAAUACUUGAGUUACAGAUGAUUAUAAAUUGAGUCAAACAUUUUUUAGUUAUAAUUCCAGCGAAUGUUUUAUUUGUAACAAAUUAACAAAAUGAAUAAUUAAUUGCUUUUAACUGUCAAUCUAUUAUUUAUUCAAACAUUAAAACAAAUCAUAAGUUCAAAAGUAA